GAGUCGGGACAAAUACCGCGAGAGCACGGUCUCGAAGGAAGUGAUUAACCUAAGGGAGUACGCGUACGUGGGCGUGCCUGGGAGCUCAAGGAGCCGCCAGCUGAAAGACUGAUUUUAAGUUAGAAAUGGGACGGAACGUAGCAGUCAAAUGGUCUGACCUCAUUUAACAGAAAAAGGAUGAGCCAGGGAUCCAUGAUGAGAAAGCAGCCAAAGCUCUCAUCUCCUGAGACUAGUUUUCUGUGUGCUCUCCUCCACAUCCCUGUUGUUACUGGCUGACAUGAAGAAGUCUUUGCAAGGAGCACAAUUCAAGUUUUGAAAAGGAAGCCACAACUGACUCCAGGAUUCACAAUGUACUGUCCAUAUGGUCUUAGGCAGCCGGCCAUCGGUGACUUCGUCCAGCCCCAGACUGGGGUAUGUCCCUCCGGGUCGGACUUUGACUCCUCAUCCAAGCUGGCAGGACGCUGUGCUCUUUGGUUUGCCUAUCUCGGGCCUCCAGCCUAGCAGCGCAGACAGCUGAACUCGCCGCCAGGGCGUGUUGCGUCGUCACGCAGAACCUCCCUGCUUCUACCCAUCAGUCCCGUCCGCUACCCAGGCAGGAAUCGAGCUUAAACUACGAAAUUUCGUCGCACCUCCGGACGUGGGGAUUACAAUUUUGGACCUCAGACCCACUCGGGUGUCCUCAUGACUUCUUUUGCGGACCAUGUCCAUGAUCCUUUUUGCCUGUGUGGUAAGGGUAAGGGAUGGACUGCCUCUCUCAGCCUCCACUGACUUUUACCACACCCAAGAUUUUCUGGACUGCAGGAGACGGCUCAAGACUUUAGCCUUGCGAUUGGCCCAGUAUCCAGGUCGAGGUUCUGCAAAAGGACGUGACUUCAGUAUCCAUUUCUCUUCUUCGAGGGAUGUGGCCUGCAUGGCUAUCUGCUCCCACCAGUGUCCAUCUGCCAUGGCCUUCUACUUCCUGGAGACCCUGUGGUGGGAAUUCACAGCUUCCUAUGAUACCACCUGCAUUGGCCUAGCCUCCAGGCCAUACGCCUUUCUCGAAUUUGACAGUGUCAUUCAGAAAGUGAAGUGGCAUUUUAACUAUGUAAGUUCUACCCAGAUGGAGAACAGCUUAGAAAAAAUUCAGGAGGACCUCAAGUUCCAGCCCCCAGUGGUUCUCACUCUGGAGGACACAGAUGUGGCUAAUGGGGUGAUGAAUGGUCACACACGGAUGCACUUGGAACCUGCUCCUAAUUUCCGAAUGGAGCCAGUGACGGCCCUAGGUGUUCUUUCCCUUAUUCUCAACAUCAUGUGUGCUGCCCUGAACCUCAUUCGUGGAAUUCACCUUGCAGAACAUUCUUUACAGGUUGCACAUGAAGAAAUUGGAAAUAUCCUGGCUUUUCUUAUUCCUUUUGUAGCCUGCAUUUUCCAGUGUUACUUGUACCUGUUCUAUAGUCCAGCCAGAACUAUGAAGGUGGUGCUGAUGCUGCUUUUCAUUUGCCUGGGCAACAUGUACCUGCAUGGGCUGAGGAACCUCUGGCAAAUCCUUUUCCACAUAGGAGUGGCUUUCCUGUCUUCACAUCAGAUACUGACGAGGCAGCUUCAGGAGAAGCAGUCUGACUGUGGAGUGUGAGGAUGACAUUGUGGGAUGAAUAGAUCCGUUGAUUUCCUUAUGAGGGUCAUCAGUGUUUCCCUUUCUGCUUCUUGACUUCACCUCAAGUUUCCAUCCUUGAAGUUCCUUUCGACUAAAGCAGACUGCCACCGAGAAUUGGGGAUUUUUCACAGGUGCAGUUGAAAGCAUGAGGUUGUUUGACACCCAGUCCUGGUUUUGUCCUGAGUGUUACUGCGGAAUUUCCAGUUCAGCUCGUUUACUUUGGACAGCAGAAUCGGGGGCUCAUUCAGAAGGAGCAUUAGUGGAAGACCAAAAUGGAAUUAUUUUGGUCUUUUAAAUCGAAUGAUGCAAUAAACCACUAGAUUCAAUAACACUAGUUUUAGUAAUUAGCGGUUGUCUCCGAGGAACCACUUAAAAAUCUAUAUCAGCUUUUCAAUCUAAGUGUGACUUGGUCAGUUUUUUAGAGGAUCAGUACAGGGUGAAUUAAAAACUUUAAAAAGUGGUUUAUAAUGAUAAGCUAGAUAAAUUCUGUUUACAUUUUUUGAUAACAGAUCUGAUAUGAUACCUUUAAAAUAUUUAUAUUUUGGAUAUAAAUUGAACUUAUCUUUAUUUGGGGUAAGGACAAACUUGAGCUGAGAAAAUAGUUAAGAAAGCUGAAUUUAAUUUAUUUAUAACUUUUUGUGGUGGUGGGACUGUAGGGGUACAGAAAUGUUUUGUAUUUAUUUGCAGGGUUUCUGAAUAUUUUAAAAAUUGGGUCACCAGUACUACUGGAUCAUAAGCUUUUAAGCAUGAGCGGAAAUGAGAAUUUCAGGAUUUCUUGCAGUUGGCCACAAACUGGAGCAGGCACAGAGCCCUCGGUACCUGUGGUGUUGGGUCCUCCAGGAUCCAGAGAGGCCAGUUCUGCUGGUUGGACCAAACUUCAUGGCCCGUCAGAAGACCCAAAUGAGAAAAGCUCUGAUUCUCCCAUCUGUGGAGCAGUGAUGUCAAAAUUCUGUUGCUCGGGAAACAUCAUUGGCAGAGAACCUGUGAAAAGAGGCUUGUCAGUAAAAUCUGGGAAUGACCGGAUAUGGAAACAUCUGCCCUUGUGUACCGAUGGCAGAGCUGUUGCCCACAAGCGUUUUUUAUUUAGGAUAAAAUUAUCAAAUCCAUUCUGUUCCUCUACCCUGUGCUUGGUACACAUGACCUUCUUUAACCCUUAUAUGAUUCUGGGGUGGUUUCAGAAGUGAUGUGACUCCCAGGAUUCCAUUUUGUUUAAUGGACUUUUCUACUAAGGGCAUAAAAGAUUGAGGCUGAUUUAGCCAGGGCAAAACCAUUUACUUUCAUGUAUUCAUUUUGAAUGCUUGCUGUCCAUAUUAUAUAAGCUUCUUACUGUUUUCGUGUAAUAACAAAGAUCUAUUUUGAGUAAAUGAUGAGUACAUUUUAACAAAAUUUUACACAGUAGUAAAGCCAAAUUGUGUUAAUGUAGGUAAAGAAUGUUGUAUAGCCAUUUAUAUACUAUGUAUAUAUAAAUUCAAUGAGGUGGCUUCAGGAGUGGGAGGAGAAUAAAUCUAAGGUGCUUAUUGA